UUUUCACUUCCUUGAUAGAAAGGAAAGAUAUUUAUCUGCCUAUGUAAUGCAGAUACAACCAUGUCAACUGAUACUCAUGAUUGUUGUAUAUGUUCACUUCGACAAAUAACGAAAACAUCAAAUAACUGGUGCCCAGAGUGUGAAGAGGCCAUUUGUGAUGAGUGUAAAGAGCAUCAUAAAGUUCUGAAAGCCACUCGAAAUCACGAACUCAUUCCGAUUUCCAAUUACAAGUCUCUUCCGUCAUUUAUAACAAAUCUACAACAGGCAUGUAUCUACCACAAUGAAAAGUAUCAACUAUACUGCACUGAGCAUAAUUUACCUAUGUGUAUCAAAUGUAUAAAAAAUCAUCAGAAAUGCACGGUAAGUGCAUUUGAAGAGAUAAUUAAUGAUGCCAAAUCCUCUGAGCAGUUUCAAGAUUUAGAGACCAGGUUAGAAGACUUAUUACAGAACAUUGAUAAAAUAAAAAAGGACCGGAAGGCUAAUGUGGUCAGUAUUGAAGAAAUGAAAAAGCGGCAUGUUGCAGAAAUUCAGCAUAUAAGAGUUGAAAUAAAUAAACAUUUAGACAAUCUCGAAAAACAAAUAAUUAAAGAUGUUGAAGAAAAAGAGAGUCAAUGUAAGGAGAGUAUUCAGAAAGCGUUAUCGUCAGUAAAAGAAAAGGAAACCAUGAUAAAUCAAAGUCAGAUUAAUUUGCAAAGCAUCAAACAGUAUGCAUCCGAUUUUCAAACAUUUCUUGGAAUGAGAGAACUUGAGUUGAAAGUAAACGAAAAUGAACAAUAUUUGCAGUCGCUUAUAGAAACAAAUGGUUUCGAGAAUCUUGACUUAGUGUGCAAUGUUGACACAGAUGUUGAAAGUAUUUUGCACAAUGUUAAGAGUUUUGGGUCAAUUGAAAUAAAAAAGCACAUAAGCGAUAUUGGGUUGACAAGAGCGAAGGAUAAACAAGCACAAAUACAAGUAAAAACAGAGAUGAAGACCAUCAACGACGUGAAGUUAAUAAUGCAGAAGAAAAUAACAACUAAUGGAGAGGCAGUACGGGGUUGCUGUAUUUCAAGAAAUGGAGACUUUUUGUUUACUGAUCAUGCCUCUAAAAAAUCACUGUACGUAUUCAAGUCAAAUAGAACCCUUAAAUAUAAGAUGUCGGUUGAUCCUAGUGAUGGGUUUGAUAUAACAUUUGUCGAUGAUAAAAAUGUCGCAAUAACAACUGGGCAGUCAUCAAAGAAGACCGGUAUUGAUAUCAUAGAUACUGAAAACCAAACUAAAGUAAAGUUUAUCAACCUUCCUGGACGUUCAUUUGGAAUCACAUGUGAUAUCGACUCGCUGUUUGUCUGUGUGGAAGGAAGUGGUAUCUUCAAAGUUAAUACUGUAGACUAUACUACCUCUAGCGUGAUCAGUUGUAACUUGUCCUGGUUUUCUUACGUAUCUGUAUUCAACUACAAGAUAUACUACACUGACAGCAAUGAUCACAGUGUAGUUUGUUGUGACCGUAAUGGAUCACGUAUUUGGAAUUUUAAAGGUGAUUCAGUUUUAAAAUUCAUAAGAGGCCUCACUGUCGAUAGUGAGGGACACGUGUUUGUUGUUGGAGCAUCGUCGUCGAAUUGUCUUAUUAUAUCAAAAGAUGGAAAACAUCAUAAGGAAAUCCUGACCAAUGCAGAUGGUCUGUGUGAGCCAUCUGCUGUUUUCUUUGAUAAACGAAAAAGUGAGUUCCUUGUUGCAAAUACAAAGCAAACUGCGUUUCUCUAUAGUCUUACGCAAACGUGAUUGAAAUCCUAAGGAUUGGCACAACGCACAGUUGACAAAAAAAAAUUACCGUUUUAAAUUACUUGGCACCCGAUUUCCGUUAUAUGCAAUGUAAUAAUAAUAUAAAACUUUAAUUUUAAUUUUAAAUUAGGACAGUAUUGGACUUCAAAUUACUUGUGCUUUUGUCGUGUCCCUCAGUCUUACUUUUCUGUACUUUUUUUUUGCACUAUCGUUGGUUUUCAGACUAAAGACUGUUUGACUUUCUUUUUUUUUACAAGAAGUGCACAUAGAAUAUUUCGUAGGAAGGGAAGGACAUUGCAUGUAAUACUAGAGCAAAUAGUAGCUUCAGGAUAAACAUAUUUAUGUUGUUAAUUGAUGUUAUUUAAUACUACAAAGGGGAUAUUUCAACGGAACAAGAGUGAGUGGAAAUGUGAAGAGAAAUAUCUCAAGAUGUAAAAUAAGCAAACUUCCGAACGAGUACCCAAGUACUCAAGUACUCGUUCCCAUCCCUUAUUUAAAUUGAUAUGAUUGACAGCACAAUUUAACUGGA